AUGAUCCACCGCCAUGUUCGUUCAGCCAUUCACCGACGUCUUAGACUUGCGCCAUACCAACUCAAUCUCCAUGGAACUAGCCUGAGCGUGGCCACCGCCCGCAUGUCACGAGCCACUGUAGCAGACGAGGACAAGGCCUCCGACGUUGUUAUGCCAGAGGUCCUCCAAGAUGAUGAACUUCGCGCCGCUCAAGCUUUGGUGGACCUAAGGAGCUCAGUGACCCAACUUGAAAGUCCUGAUACCCCGACGAUCCCGUCGCCUUUCGCAGAGGCAUUCCAAGCCCAGAACCACGGUUCCCUAAGUCCUGAUACCCCGACGAUCCCGUCGCCUUUCGCACAGGCAUUUCACACCCAGGACUACAGUCCCCCGACUUCCGUGUUUGUUGGAUUGCACCAGCAUCAGUAUCACACGGAGGAUCUCCCCAUGGUGCUCAGCUCCAGGAACACCAGCCCGAGUCCCAUGUCCGAAUUUGAUAUAGAAGGUGAUAGUUCCGAGAGCGAUAAUUUGGCGGAGACGAUGGCUUCUCUUACCGAGCGGGUACAAGAAUUAUCAGACUCUUUACAAGGGCUCAUAGAGUGUCUCGCACGCAAUGAGGAUGAACAGCCCAGCAGGGUUAUGGAAAUCAAGAUAGACGGUUCUACCUUGUGUUCCAUUGCUUUCAAGUAG